AUGGAUGAGAACCAGCAGCAAAGCAAAGAAAACAAAAGUGCUGAUGAGGUGGUAAGCUCUAUUCUAAACAUUUUCUUGGCGAAUUAUGCACUAGUUAUAAAAAGGUAUAUGUUGUGCUUAAUUUUUGUCCUUGGUAUAAACAUCAUUUUCCUUUGGUUUUGUUAAUGAUAUGAAUGAAAAAUGCAUUUUGUGUAAAGAAAGAUAAAAUUUAGCUCCUAGCCUAAGUUAUGAUGAGAUGAUGUGUCACUAUCAAUUUGGCCUCACAGCAUACCUAUACUAAACCACAGCAUACCUAUACUAAACCACAGCAUACCUAUACUAAACCACAGCAUACCUAUACUAAACCCUCAGCCUAUUUGUAUCAAUAUUACUAUUUUUUCUGGUGUUCACCCAAUAGAUUCAAUCCACUCACAGACAAAUAUGGCACCUGUGCAUUUUACUAUUACUCUUAAGCUAAGGCACUCGUAGAAAGCAAUAUUUCACAAAACAACAACAUUAUGUAUGCAAGGUUUAAAUUUUUCAGACCUUUACUGCCUGUUUUUAUGAGUGGUUCCAGUAUUUUCUUGCACAAAGAGUUCUGGUUGAAUGUACCAGUCACCAUGUUUUUUGGUAUGGUGGUUUACAGUAAUUGUUGUAUGAAGUAACCUUCACAAAUAUUAAUUUUGUGAACUUGUCACUGACAAAGAGCUAAUUCAUGAUUAGACAUUGAUCGUUUCAUUAAUUGCCAUGCUCUACAUUUAUCAUUGAAGUACUAAUUAACUCCUUUGCCAUCAGUAAUUGCAUUAAAGAUACUGUGUUAGAAAUCACAGCAAUGUACCCCAAAAUCUAAUGUCGUCCUCAGCACAAUCUCAUUUUUUGAGCAAGGCAAAAGUAAAAAUCAAACAAGACCACACCGACAUCAUCACAGAGACAACAUUGCUAUGUAUAAUGUUUAUAUAGUUAGUUACAUAAAAGGUACUCUAUUCAUUAAUUCAGUGUCAAUACUCACCCUCGUAGCAGCUUUAAUUUUUAGCCAACUUGGGAAAUAGUGGCCUAAAAUGGACCCUUUUGGACAUCUGAACUUUUAAAUUUCCAGGGGAAGGUUCCCCAGACUUUGCCAUCCAAGUGGGAUUAAAUUGCUGUCACACUGUCAUUUUAGUCCCUCCCAGCUGCUCAAACGUUGUCCCUCCUUUCCACAAUCUUACCAAAGCCCCCAUAUGUGUAGUAAUAAAAACAUUGAAGUGAAGUGUGCUAUCUCAGCAAGAGGUGAUAAUCAUGCACACUUUUAAGUGAGUCAUCAUAGCAGAUGUUUGGUGAGGUAUUGCAUUCUGUGCUCAAAAUCUAGUUCAUGUAGACCUGGGAAAAAAUAAUGGGGUGUAGCAGCCAUUCAUGUCGUUUAAUUGCUCCAAGCUCUAAUUCGAUACUACAGUUCAUUUGGCUAUCUUUCUUGCCAAUACUGUUUCGUUAGUUGGGUUUUCUUGAAGACACUUCCCAUUGAGAAGAAGCAUUAUAUGCGUUUACAAAUUAGAAGUAAAGAAAAGUGAAAAAAAAAAUAGGAGAGUGACAGGAUGGUAUCAAAGACAGUGGUACAAUUUUUUUUUUGCAGGGGGGUCAUUUUUUUAUUUUUGAAUCAGAGUUUUAGCCUAAGUAUGUCUAAGUUUCUACACUUGUUGUUUAGUCUUGUGACUUCUUGCUUUAAGAAGUGAGGUAAAAUUGUUUGAAUUUGUUUUUUCCAUUACAGCCACUUGAGUCUGUAAAUGGAAAGAAAACACUGAAAAAUGACGGUAAGGAAUACAUUGCUUGCACUAUAAAGUAUUGAAAGUAAUUUGCAACUCUCCGUAUUUGUUAUUUGUAAUUGACAUGCUUUGCACAGGUGUUGUGGGGUUGGUGGAGAAGUUAACUGUAUUUCAAAAAUUAAAUCACUUUAAACUGCAGUGAAAGCUAUUACUUUUAUAGUUAUAAAAGUAUCAAAGGUAACUUGUCUGAGAACCUUCUCCAGUGUCUGUGAUAUAGAAGUGUCCACUAAAUAUAGGUUCAUUUAUUAAGAAAUGUGGGAAGAAUAGUAUGAAACUGAAAAUACAAGUAAGUACUGGAAAAGAAUAUUUAUUCCUUGCUAGUAAUCUCAGAACAGCUGUGUGGAGCUGGAAAUUAACAGUGCUGGAAUACAACAGUAAAUCCUGCUGAUAAACUGAGAACAGCUGUGUGGGGCUGGAAAUUAACAGUGCUGGAAUACAAUAGUUAACUCCUGCUGAGAAACUGAGAACAGCUGAGAGGGGCUGGAAAACAACAGUGCUGGAAUACAACAGUUAUCCACUACUGAAAUUCAGAAACAGGAAACUUUUAAAUACUUUUGUGCAACAAUAUACUGAGCAUGCAGUAAUAUCUUCCAUUGCCUCAAUUCCAGUUACUUGUAGAAAGGUCAUCUCUGAACCAUUAAAUAGGAUCUGUUUUACCCGUUAUGGAAGAAAAAAUCUUAACCGUUUAACCCCUAAAAGUGACCAGCAUCUAAUUUCUCCUUACAAUAUCUCCCCUGAAUCAAACAUUGAAUUCAUGAGAAUAAAGGAAAUGACCAACAAUUUAUAAAGCUCUUGAUUUUUAUAAAAACUCUCUUUGUCAGGGCUUCAGGAAAUGUAUAGAGAACAGUAUGGAGAAUAUGCAUACUGAUGUUAGGUUGUAAAGGGUUAAUCAAUAAAUGUAUGUUAAAGGUAGCAAUCUUCUAUAACUAUUACUUAUUCACAAAUACUAUAUUUUAUUUAGCAGAUUGUAGCUUCAAUGGAUGCCAGAAAUAUUUUUAUGAAAAACUGGCAGAUACAGUUUUGUAUUGUACUCCAGGAUAUACA